AUGUCCCUGCAGGCUCUAGACCGGGAACUGCAGCCAAUGGGAGCUGCGGGGACGGUGCCUGUGGGUCCUCCACCUAGGAGCCACUGGGACAUGCCACCGCUUCAGGGAGCCGCGCAGAGCCUGGGCAGGCAGGGAGCCUUCCUAAGAUUCUGUCACUCCUGUAUUGUUACAAGUUUAAGGAAUAAUACAUGGACAUCUCCUUAUUGCUGGGCUUAUCUUCCUUCGGAAGGAAUUCCAGCUACUGAUAUUGCCAAGAAGAUGAAAAGUGUAUACCAAAACUGCACAGAGUGUGACACACAGGUAUGUCUGAGUGAAAUGAGAGUUCAUUUAAGGACUUGUGAGCAAUAUGUAGAAAAAUAUGGACCUCUACAAGAGCUCGGAGACACAGUAACAAGAUAUGCCUGUCCGUUUUGCCAGUGUGAGUUGCAUGAAGAUGAUCUAAUGGACCAUUGUCUCACUUAUCAUAGAACAGAAAGGAGAGCAGUGUACUGUCUAAUUUGUCGUUUAAUACCUGGUGGAGAUCCAAGCUAUUUUAGCAGGAAUUUUAUACGGCAUCUUCAACUCAGACACACAUUCAACCAUGAAGACUACAUAGAUAUAAACAUAGUAGAAGAAGCCCUUAUUGAAAACAUUCUACACCAGUCAUUUUUAGAAUAUAUGCAAGUGAAUCAUCCAAACAGCACAUAA